UGCAAAUGGCAUCCGGCGCGUCGGCAACUCAGCGGAUCCCUUCAAAACGGCAAACGCUGGACGAGGCAUAUGCCCCGCCGGCCAACUUCCUUGAAAUUGAGGUUAUCAAUCCUAUCACUCAUGGUGUUGGAAAAAUGCGCUACACGGAUUACGAAAUCAGAAUGAGAUCGAAUCUCCCCGUUUUCAAGCAGAAAGAAUCAAGCGUGCGUCGCCGAUACAGUGAUUUCGAAUGGGUUCGUGCUGAACUAGAGCGAGAUAGCAAGAUUGUGGUUCCAACGUUGCCAGGAAAAUCAUUCAAACGGCAACUGCCAUUCCGAUCCGAUGAUGGAAUUUUUGAAGAGGAAUUCAUUGAAAAUAGGCGCAAAGCUCUCGAGUUAUUCAUCAAUAAGGUUGCUGGACAUCCACUUGCUCAAAACGAACGCUCUCUCCAUAUUUUCCUCCAGGAGCCAACUAUUGACAAAAACUACGUGCCUGGCAAAAUUCGUACCGCUUAAAUUUUAAAAUGUUUCUAAAUUCUCCGCUCACGAGAAAAAUCUCAAAAUACCCAGAGUUAUAGUUUUAACGCUGUCUGUUUCAAUAAACAGAAGGAAACUUUUAAAAAAUGAUAAUGUUUUCUUAUCAUAUUUUUACAUAACAAAAAAUGAGUAACGCUUUCUGAUCUUUUGAGAUAUUUAGUUUUCAAAAAGUGAGUUUUUAGAAGCUUUUUUCCAAUUUAAUCUCGGCCCAUCAAAAUAUUGUUUCCAUCCCUCCACCAAAAUGCGGUAUUUUUCGAAAUUGUGUACUUUGUCCCCAUCACCACUUCUUUCCCAUUGAUUUCCAUUUUCUGGCUCCUGUUUAUUUCAUAUUUAUUUUUACAUUUUUGUGUAUAGUUUCCCAAUUUCCCAAUUGAUUGCACUAUUUUUAUUGCAUGAACCCCUUUUAUUUGAACAAAUAUGAAAAAUAAGUCUUCC